AUGGCACCAAACACCUUCCAAGUCAGCGACCCGGCCUUUACCAGCACGCUGGCCAAGCUGCGAGAGGACUCCUCGAUGCGUCCGGCUGCGGUGCGCUCGAUCGUUCGCCAGCUCACGACGAUGGUGGCCAAGGAUGCCAUCACGGCGCCUCCCCCGCCGGGAGAGAAGAUUGCCGUCAUUGUCAUCCUGCGAUCCGGUCUCGCCAUGAUGGAGCCCUUUACCGACGCCCUCCCGGAGGACACCGACAUGGUCAUCCACCACCUCGGCCUGUUCCGCGAGCGCCAGACCCUCCAGCCCAUCGAGUACUACAACAAGCUGCCCGCAAAGGCCGACAACAUCAAGCAUGCUUACAUCCUCGACCCGCUGGUUGCCACGGGUGGUACUUGCUGCGCAGCCAUAAGUAUCCUCAGGGAAUGGAAUAUCGACAGCAUCACGUUCCUCUGCCUCGUGGCCAGCAAGGCUGGACUGGAGAAGGUAUCGAGUGCUUGGCCGGAGCGGACAAAGGUCUACGUAGGUGCUGUGGAUGACGGUCUGGAUGAGAAGGGCUUUGUGAAGCCGGGUGUUGGCGACAUCGGCGACCGCUUAUUCGGUACCGGGACGGAUGCGGGAUGGAGCGGAUGA